CGUGCCCAUCCCGGGCACUGCCCCACCGCUAGGGCGGGUCGAGGUGGCGCUGCUCGGUGCGUGGUGCCAGCCGAGGAGCGCAGACAUGGCUUGGCAGACGACGGUGCGGAUAAUUCAAAUGAAACUUUAAUCUAGCGUGAAUUAAUCCUGGGGCAUUAACAUUUCUUCAUCAGCGGCAAUUACAGUGCAUUAGCAGAUCCUGCAGGAGAAGACAAUAGGCUCUGAAAUGCGUCACCGACGUGUAACAGAUCCCUCUGGGUCAUGCCUUCCCACCUCAGACAAAAGCAGCCAGGGAGGCAGGCGGGUCCCUCCUGCCAGCUCACCCCUUUGGGGGGGUCAGCUCUGGCUCCCAGGGCCAGCGUGGUUCAGGUGGCGCCGUGAUCCCGCGGGCAUCGCAGCUGGGGAAGGUAGCAGCCCCAUCUAACCUCACCCUAAGGGUUCUGGAGUGGUUCAGCCCCUCCCUGGAGUCAUCCUCGGAGGUGAGAGGCUCUGGCACAGCUCCUGGCAGGCUGAAGGAUCGCGACCAUGGCUUGCAGGCAGUGGCUCCGGGGUGAGAUGGCUCGGCAGGCACUGGCAGUGGCACUGUGCCUCUCCCUGGCUGUGAUGGCAUCCACUGACUGCGUGACCCAGUGCUCCCUCUGCGCGGCACAGACACGCACCGCCGAGACCAGCGCCUGGCCCCUGAUGUGCCUGCGGGAAUGCCAGGGCUCCUCACCACCCGGCCCCGAGUGGGAGACCUGCAGGAAGGCGCUGGCACUGUUGGCCCCGCUGGUGGCCAUGGCCGAAGGGACAGACCCGUCCCCUCGGGAGGCAGAGGGGGAGGAGGAGGAGAAGGCAGAGCCGGAGCUGGGUGCUGGAGGGCUGGCCCCGGUGCCAGCCAAGCGCUACGGCGGCUUCAUGAAGAAGAUGUCCAAGGGCAAGCUGCUCGCCCUGCUCCGGGAGAACGCCCACAGCAAGGGGGGGCUCAGCAAGAAGUUUGGGGGCUUCGGCCGCAAGCAGGGAGAGCGAGAGACCCCCGAGGACUACCCGGGGCCGGAGGUGGCAGGAGAUGGGGACGAGGAGCCCACGGGUGCCGGGGCCGAGGGGCAGGAGCUGGCGGAGCUGCACAAGCGCUACGGAGGCUUCCUGCGCCGCAUCCGCCCCAAGCUCAAGUGGGACAAUCAGAAGCGCUACGGAGGCUUCCUGCGGCGCCACUUCAAGGUGGUCACACGCUCGGACGAGGACCCCAGCGCCUACUCAGGGGAGGUCUUGGACCUAUAGAGCCAGGCGUGGGAUGGGCACCACCACGGUCCCCGCGCCGCUGUCACCCCCAGCCCCAGCCCUUGCCCAGCCCUGCGCCGUCCCUGCCUCAUCUGCCCAGGGGACCGCAGGUCCUCGUCCCCACUUGUCCCUCUCUGGUUCACCUGCCCAAGCCUUAGGGGCCCCUGUGCGUCGGAGGGACAGUGCCACCCCUCCAGCUGCUGGUUGGUGGGGCUGCAAGUCCAACGCUAUGGCUCCCGGGGGCAAAUGGAGGAGGGGGACUUGCACCCUCCCCCCUCCCGCAGCUGCGGAGGUGCAGCGGGGUCUGGAAACCAUCACAGCUGCUGUACCGGCCUCCGAGCACUGGGAAGGAUGAGCUGAGGCAGGAUUGGGCCCUCGGGGCUGGUAGAUGGCUCACACAGCCAUGGGGAGAGGUGGCUGGGCAGGGCUGGCACCGCGACACCACCACCGGGGCAGGGAGCCAGCUGAGCACCACCCCCACACCAUCCCUCACCUCCCACCCACUCCAGCCCCUGGGCUUCCCCCCUCCAAAAACGACCCCAGAGCAGGGUCAGACCUGUGCCCUGGACCCCGCUCCCCUUGCAGCCAAUAAAAGGCAGAUGCCAACGA